UUCCGGCUGCUGCAGAUUGAGCCGGCGCCCGCGCUCGGCGACGUGCUUGUCUGCUCGCUGCAGCACGCCCGCCUGUCCGACAGUCCGGCCUUCGAAGCCCUCUCGUACACGUGGGGCGCGCCAGGGGUACUGAGCGAGAUGCAGCUCAACGGGCGGCUGGUGCCCGUCCAGGAGAAUGCGGCGGCGGCGCUGCGGCGGCUCAGGCGCACGACGGGCCGGCGCACCAUGUGGGUCGACGCCAUCUGCAUCGACCAGGCCGACGCGCGCGAAAAGGAGGGCCAGCUGGGGCUGAUGCGCAGCAUCUACGAGCAGGCGGCCCAGGUGUGCGUGUGGCUGGGCGAGCCGGCCGACGGCACCGCCAUCGCCCUGCUGACCCGCCCGUGGUGGACGCGCAUCUGGGUCGUGCAGGAAGUCGUCGUCGGUAGCGCCGUCAUCUUCAUGGUCGGGUCGGACACCUUCACGUGGGCCAAUAUCGAGCGCUCUCUGGCUCGGGAGCGCAAGGGCCUGAACGCCCUCACCGGCGUGGCAAACGCCUCGGGCGCCACCGAGGUGUUCGGCACGCUUCUCAACCCGGAGCUGUGCUCGAUCCAGGACGAGAACUUCCAGCUCAUGUCGCGGCUGCGCAGCCUCUGGGCCACGGGCACCUUCCACCUCAGCAUCUACGACCUGCUGUUCCAGCUCCGCCACCUGCAGUGCACCAACCCGCGGGACCGCGUCUUCGCCUGCCUGGGGCUCGCCACCGCCGGCGGCCGACAGCUCGGCAUCCGGCCAGACUACACCAGCUCGACGCACGACCUGCCGUCAUGGGUGCCCAACUGGCACGCGCACACGCACCGCGACGCGCAGCCGCUGCUGGGCUGGGCCGCCGACGCGCUGCCGAGGUACGCGGCCUGCGGCGCUAUGGAGAUGAUGGAGGGAAGCGGCGCCGCCGUCUCGUACCGCACCGACGCCGACGCCGACGCCGAUGUGCUCGCCGUCGACGGGCUGCUGUUCGACACGGUCACGGCGCUGUCACCGCCGUGGCACCCAGACGCAAGCAGCAGCCCGGCGCUCACGAGGCGCGGCGCGCCCGAGCUGGCCGCGUGGGAGGCGCUGGCGCUCGAUAUCGAUUAUGCGUGCCCAUACACAACCCCAGAAUCCCGCGCCGAAGCGUUCUGGCGUACGCAGAUCGCCGACUGCGCCGCCUUUGCGGACCGCACACAGGCCAAGUCGUGGGCGAAUCAACGACCCCCCUCCCUCCGCUCCUCCCCUGACCAAUCCUCAAAGCCGCAUCCAACCGACGCCCUCGCGCACCUAAAUGUGUGGCAGCUCGCGGGCAUGAACGUCGACAACACGCACCUGCACUGGGACCUGCACGCCGAGCUGCGGCGCAUCGAGCCAGGGUUCGACACGGCUGGGUCUGAGAAUGUCUACGCCACAUACCUGGCGCGGAUUCGGGCAGCGUGCGCGCACCGGCGGCUGUUGGUCACAAGGCGGGGGUUUAUCGGGCUUGCGCCGUGGAAUGCAGCUGUUGGUGACAGGGUUUGUGUGUUGCGCGGGGGGAGGACGGUGUUUCUCUUGCGUGAGGUUGAUUUUGCUGGCGGCUGUGAGGGUGGGGGUGUUAGUGGGGAGAAAAGGCAUAAGCUGGUGGGAGAGGCGUUUGUGUAUGGGAUUAUGGGCGGCGAGGCUGUGAGUGUGGCGGGCGAG